UUCUCCUCAAGCCUUCUGCUCCUGCUGACAACCAGGCACCCUCCACACCACACCAUGGCUUGCUACAACCGCUGCAGUCCCUGCGGACCCACCCCGCUGGCCAACAGCUGCAACGAGCCCUGUGCCCUGCAAUGCCAGGAUUCCCAUGUCAUCAUCAACCCUUCCCCUGUGCUGAUCACCCUGCCAGGACCCAUCAUGAGCUCCUUCCCCCAGAACACCGCCGUCGGAUCCACCUCCUCCGCUGCUGUGGGCACUGAGCUCAGUGUGCAGGGACAGCCCAUCUCUGGUGGCUUUGGUGGCUUUGGCUAUGGCCUUGGCUAUGGUCGUGGGUUUGGCUAUGGUCUGGGAGGCCUGGGCUGCUAUGGCAGAAGGGGUGGCUCCAUCUGUUAAGGGGCCAGCCUGGGCUGCCUGCAAACAUGGCCCAUCUAUCUCCUGUUCUCCCAGUCCCUGCUCUGCAUGGACCCUUUGACUCUGUCCAGCUCCUCUGCUGCAAACCCCUUCUCCCAAGCCAGACACCACUGGGCCCCUUUCAUGGACUCCUCCCACUGUGGGGCAGAAUGUUCUUGGUGCUCAGGAAAAAUCUCCUGAGAGCAAAGGAACUUGGCUGAUGGUCACCCUACUUUCACCUCAGCCCACUCCUUUCUACUGGAUGCUCAUGACCUUUCAUUCUUCAUCCUCAAUAAAGUUUUUCUGUAGCAUA